AAAAAUCCAUGCCAGAGUUAGAGAAUGAGAAUGACAUUUUCGAGAAUAUAGGAACCAAAAUGUAAAACAAACUAAACAUUAAGGGUUUAAAAAUACUUUUUCUCCUCCCUGCUGACCAAAUUGUACAGAGGAGAAAGAACAGGUAAAACAGAAACAAAAUAAAAUGAUGCCACAAAGCUCAAUCCAACACACUGACGCUGGACAUUUCUUCCAGACCAUCAAUGGCCUUCAGCAACUCGCCGAAACUCGUCGUUUUAAGGCAUGGCUACUGGACCAAUUUGGAGUACUUCACGAUGGAAAACAAUCUUACCCUGGUGCCAUUUCCACUUUAAAAAAGAUUGCAAGUAGUGGUGCAAGAAUGGUUAUUAUUAGUAAUUCUUCGCGUCGGGCUUCUGUUACUAUGGAUAAAAUGAAGAGUCUUGGUUUUGAUACUUCUCUUUUUGUUGGUGCCAUUACCAGUGGGGAAUUGACCCAUCAAUUUUUAGAAAGGAGAGAUGAUGAUUGGUUUGCAGCACUAGGAAAAUCAUGCAUUCACAUGACCUGGGGUGACAGGGGCGCUAUAUCUCUCGAGGGUCUAGGUUUACGAAUUGUGGAAAAUGUUGAAGAAGCUGAGUUUAUUUUAGCUCAUGGUACUGAAGCUUUAGGACAGUCUUCUGGCGCUGCUUGUCCCAUGACUCUUGAAGAGCUUGAGAAAAUAUUGGAGCAUUGUGCUGGAAAAGGAAUUCCUAUGGUAGUAGCCAAUCCAGACUUUGUAACUGUUGAAGCUAGAAAUUUGCGAGUAAUGCCUGGUACGUUGGCUUCUAAAUAUGAGAAACUUGGGGGUGAAGUUAAAUGGAUGGGCAAGCCAGAUAAGAUAAUUUAUAAAUCGGCUAUGGCCAUGGCUGGUGUUGAUGCAGUUGAUUCUAUUGCUGUGGGGGACUCCCUUCACCAUGAUAUUAAAGGCGCGAAUGCAGCUGGAAUCCGGUCAGCAUUUAUAACCGGCGGGAUUCAUGCUACUGAACUUGGUCUUGGCAGUUUUGGAGAAGUUGCAGAUUUAUCUUCUGUAAAAGCACUUGCAUCCAAAUAUGAUGCUUAUCCAUCGUAUAUAUUACCAUCAUUCACAUGGUAGAAACUAGGAGCGUGCAUUUGGUACAAAUCAAACCGAAUUUGUAAGGAUUUAAAUAUUUUAAACCGGUUCAGUUGAUUUUCAUUUUGGUUUGGUUUGAACCAAAAAGAAACUGAUCUUUUUUUUUCAAACAGAAGCAAACUGAGAUAUUUCUUAAUAUGUCGAAUCAAAUUCAGUUUUGUCUUUU